AUGACGAUGCUUUCGAGAACUCCGGUGGUCGUUUCUUCGCCCUCUUCUUCGUCGAAGAAGAAGAGGCGCGAACGACUUUGUCGCGCGAAGGCGACGUCAUCAAAACCGAACAACGCGUCGACCACAAAAACGCCAGUUCCCGAAACGAAGAAAACGGACGUGAUGAUGAUGAUGUCAGGGAAAACGCAGCGACGGAGAGACGUGUUCGCCGUGGGGGUUCUUUUCCUCUCUCUGGGUGCUUCUUCUUCGAAGGAAAGCGCGUUUGCCUACGGUACGGGAGGAUGGAAAGAUUGCGAACCGAUCUGCGACUCCUUGAAAGGCGGCUUCGCCGCGCAGCAAAAGUUGCAAGAGGAGAUGAUGCGACAGUCGAUGGGUGGUGACGACACCGGUGCUGAAGCGAAAGAGGAAAGCAAAGGCAAAAAAGCCGCAGUAUCGGAGAGGGAAAAGAGGAAGAAGAACUUGAGAUAG